AUGGUGUCGAGUGAACGAAUAGCAACACUAGUGACCUUGUGCUUGUUUGUGACCCUCUGCCCUCAAGCUACCAGUUACAGGAUAUUGGGCAUCAACACCAGCCCCAGCCAAUCGCAUGUGAUCGUACAGGAUGCAUUGAUGAAGGAGCUAGCGCGUCGCGGCCAUCACGUCACGAUGGUUAGCCCGUAUAAGGAGUCGGAACAGGUUCCAAACUAUCGCAAGAUUACGGUCCCUAUGGAUCCGUGGGCAACAGAUUUCACCAAAACCGUCUUUGGAUCCUCGAACUCCCGAUGGGCGGUAAUGAUGCUUAUGCCUGAGAUGCUUCGGUUAAGCGCCGUUCCAGUGAAUAAAACGCUACGUUCGCAAGAGUUCCAAAGCCUGAUGAAGGAACCGGAAGGGUACGAUCUGCUGAUAACGGGCAUCAUGAGUGACGCUGUGUUUGGUGUCAGCCACAUACUAAACUGUCCCACCAUUGUCGUCUGUCCGAACGCACCCAUGGCGGUUGUGAACUCGUUGGUCGGAAAUCCAACACCGGUCUCCACCAUCCCGAACAUGAUGCUGGGUCUAACAAACCCGAUGUCGUUCGGACAACGGAUAGCAAAUAUUGCUGGAUUUGUGUUUGAAGAAAUGUUUUCUACUAUGUGGAAAUAUUAUCAGCGGAAAUCUUACGAAGAGCUAUUCCCUCCGGGUCAGUACCCUGCGUACGAUGCGGUCCGAAACAAUGUUUCGCUCGUGUUCUUGAAUCAUCAUUUCACUAAAGGAUCUCCCCGUCCGUAUGUACCAGCGAUGGUCGAGGUGGGUGGUCUACAGAUUAAAGACAAACCUUCUCCACUCCCCGAAGACAUACGCCAGUGGAUCGAAGGAGCAGAGCAGGGAGUCAUCCUGUUUAGUCUUGGAACGAAUCUGCUUAGCUCCUCCAUACCGCCGGAAAUGUUGAGUGCCAUCGUGGAAACGUUUCGUAACAUCAAGCAACGCAUUAUCUGGAAGUGGGACACACAGGACAUGCCGAACAAACCGGCGAACGUGAUGCUUACAGAGUGGCUACCGCAGGACGACAUCCUUGCGCAUCCAAACGUCCGGCUGUUCAUUACGCACGGUGGAUUGGGCGGUAUUGCUGAGGCAUUGUUCCACGGGGUGCCACUGGUUGGCAUUCCAAUGUUUGGCGAUCAACCCGUAAACCUGGCGAAGGUGGAAGAGGAAGGCUGGGCAUACGUGUUACAGUACACCGAACUCACAAGGGACAAAUUUGCGAAAGCAGUCCAUGAGGUAUUGCAUGAUCCGCGCUAUCGGGACAAUGUGCAACGGUUGUCACUGUUGUUCCGGGAUCGGCCGCAAAGUGCCAUGGAUACGGCCGUUUACUGGACAGAGUAUGUCGUACGGCACAAGGGAGCGCGCCACCUGAGAUAUCCCGGUGCGGACAUGAACUUCUUCGAGCGUCACUCGCUGGAUGUGGUGGGAUUCUUGGUGUUGCUGACGGUAGUGAUCUUCAAGCUGAUUUCCCUCAGUUGCCGAUGGUGUUGCAGAAGAAGGGUAACCAAAUUGAAAAAGCAAUAG